CACUAUUUUUCAUUUAACAACUUAAUCCAAUUAAUCCAAUUCCUUUAAGCGUUUUGUUGUUUAAUUUCCUUGUUUGAUUACCGUUAAAAUGAUGGUACUAAACGUAAGCAACCAAGAUGAGAUGGUUCCAAACUGCAAUCAUCAGACAAGGAUAUCUCCGAACAGCAACGGAAACGUUAUUUUCCACCCGGCAACUUGAAUUAGUUCGAACUUGAAUUACAACUUGAAUUAGUUCGAAAGGAAUGAAUUGUUUCUAAUUUGACCCGAGGAUUAGAAUUUGCAGCCGAAUUCUCAGAACAAUUUGCAGGUUGCAACUUUCGAAUAGUUCGAACUGUUAACAACUUCGGAAUCUACAUAUACUGCAACACUAUUUUUUAAUUAACAACUUAAUCCAAUUAAUCCAAUUCCUUUAAGCGUUUUGUUGUUUAAUUUCCUUGUUUGAUUACCGUUAAAAUGAUGGUACUAAACGUAAGCAACCAAGAUGAGAUGGUUCCAAACUGCAAUCAUCAGACAAGGAUAUCUCCGAACAGCAACGGAAACGUUAUUUUCCACCCGGCUGAAAUUUCAAAUGAUCAUAAGUUAGCCCGAUCACGAAGUGUCACAACUAGUUCAAAAAACGGGAAAAAGGAUAAUAGUUAUUCAGUUUGUCAUUCCGAUGCGGUCAAUGACAUACAACACGGUAAUGCCGUUAGCCCCGUUACUCAAGUUAAUCAGCCCAAUUUGGUUAAUAAUUGCUGUAAACUUAACCAAUUUAAUAAAGUUGCCCUCUUCAGACAGCAAUCCAGACAAAAACCAGAGAAAAACCAAGAUUUUUUCAGGAAGUUAUCAAAAAUGAGAAGACAGCCAUCAAAGCGAAAUAAGCAGUUAUUGAAUGCCAAAAGCAACAGUUACCAAUUUUGUAAUGAUCAUACUUCAAUUACCAUUCCACAGACAGGCGAAAGUGAUGUUAAUAACGUGACCUCACUUUUACCGAUAGAUGGCGACAACAAGAACACAUGUCACAGAAGCCGAACGUUUUCGAAUAAUUAUCAACAGCAAGUGCAGCCACAAUUUGAAAACCAUACACACCUAUACGACUGCUGUCGCUACUAUUGUCCAAAAGAAUUCGAAGCGUCCGUCAGACCGCGCAAACAGAGCAAUCGGUUGAGCGAAUCACGAAGUCCGACCAGAUUUAAGCAAUUGUUCCAGUAUGAGAUCAAAAAAGACAAACCCCUCAAACAAAUCGAACGAAUCGACGCCACGCGACCUCUUUUGUUGGCCUUCUGCAAAGCACUUCGACCUGUCGCAUUUUCCCUUACAGUCUGUGGUAUGUUGACGACGUCGAAGUUUGACCACGACAUCCGGCAGGCCUUGACAGUGGAUUUUUUCCCGCUGAAACAGAUCCAGAAAAUGUGCAAUAGGUUGCCCUACUGUCUGGUUCUUCUGCUACUGUUGUGGUUUAACUUUGGGCGAUAUGUGGCAGCAUGUAUCGUAGCCAGUGUCGAAUCCGGUGACAUGACUCAUAUCGUGAAUACGAUCUGGACGUUUUUAUGUGCAUUCAACGCGGCCAUCAUGUUCAAAGCGUCUCUCAAAUCAGAUCUGCUUCCGAGUUUGUUCAACGAGUGGUUCUCGUUCUCCAAAGUUGAUCACGCCAACAUCAUGCCAACAUUAUCUCGUUCUCACUCCACUAUCAACAACGUGAACAACAAUAACAACUUCAGCCACCAAUCAAACCAGGGCCAAAGUGAAACCAAACCACAAAACUCUUCGCAAAAACUGUCGCCCUUCCAAAUGGAAGCCCGGUCUUGGCGAUGCCUCAAGCUGAAAAUGAUGAUUAUCCUCAACCUCUACCUACUAUGGACGUUCUUGGCAAUAGUCCACAAUUGUAUGGACAUAGUGGGGGCAUCAGCUUACUCAGAUGUGCUUACAGUUCCAUUCAAGAACCUCCCAAAAGCAGGAUGCCUUUUCUUCUUAGGCUUGAACAUGCUGGCAACAUCGGCAAUGAACUUACCUCUGGUCAUUUUCGUCGCAACGUGCAUGUUGCUGUGUGAACACUUUCGAAAUAUUUCCGCCCAACUUCAGACUUGUGUUCAAAACGAGGAAAUAGUUAUUAUGGAGUUUGAACAAUUACGAACCCAACAUCAAUACAUGACAAACACCCUUACAAAGGCGGAUAAGAUAUUCUCGGGCUUAUUGUUGCUGACGUUCACAGCCAAUUUGCCGUUGUCGUGCUUGAGUAUAUACAGUUUGACAAAGGAAACCGAGACACUGCCGAUUAUUUCGCUGGUCGUGUGGCUAGUUGUCGGCCUCAUGAAUGUUGCGAUUGUGUCCUGGUUCGCUGGAAAUGUUGUUGAGCAGGCGCAUGCUCCACUUCAGCAUAUUUACAACCUCAGAAUUCCAUCGAAUGCACCACAAAGCUUCGCUCUUCAGGUGAAUUUGUUCCUGUCCAAACUAGAUGGGGGUCCCAUUGCAUUCACGCUUUCGAGUCUUGCUAGUGUCACCAAAUCAUUUGCAGUUACGACGUUUGGCGUGUGCUUUACGUACACCGCAAUAGCCAUCCAAAUGUCGCCCUUGUUAGAAUCGAAGACUGUCGAUUCCUCUUCCGAACUCCCUCCUUCUGAGUUGGGAUAAAAGACGAGACCGGAAUAGUUAUUCGAAUGUAGCCUCUCAAAGUAUCAGUUCUUGUUUCAUGGCUGGUUUGUGUCUGACCUAUACUGCAAUUGCCAUUCAACUGUCACCCCUAUUGGAAGCCUCCAAGCAACAACAAAACUACCUAGCUAUUAAUACAAAUG